AUUAAUGCUGCACAUUCACUUUGCAAGUAUCUGCCUUCUGAGUUCUGCAACAAAAUCAAAUGGUUUAACUCAGACAUGUCAAGUACUUACAAGGAUGCAGAGCUUGAGAACCUUGUAUCAGGAGAAACAUGGGGGUUCUGUACAACUGACUCCUUCAGAAUGGGUAUGGACAUUCUUGAUAUUGAGAUCAUCAUCCAAUGGUGGGCAAUGUACCACCUUACUACAUUAUGGCAAUGUUUGGGGUGUGCUGCACAAAACAAGCAGUUGAUGGGCACAGGGUUGCUCUUUGCUGAGAAAGAGUACUUUGAUGAUGAGCGGAAG